UUUAAAUAAACACAUGAUUAAAUAAUGCCCAUGAUUAAUUGUUUGGACUCUAUACAAGGAGAUGCCACCCGCGUGUUACAACUUUAAAAUGAAACAAAUGCAAAUUAGCAUUUGAUUGCUUUCAAUGUAUUUUAAUGUUUGGGUAACUUGAAGGACCUUCAUCCAAGCAGCUGUCUGAAAAUCCUGGGGCACAGCCCGGAUAAACUUGUUUUGUUAAUGAUCUUGCUUUUUGCUGGCUUCAAAUAAAAGGCAGGUCUUUUUUCCUGGUGUUCACAAGCUGAAACUAAAGCAAAACACAUUGUCUUCUGCCUUCCUCCCUGUACCCCAGUGCUGCAAGCUGUGGACUGAGAACAGCAGAAUGUCCUUCAAAGAAUUUCAGAACGAACUCAUUGCUAUUGGUUACAAAUUAUGGGCUAAACUCCAGAGACUACCCAAAGCUGACCCGUUGGAGAUUGUCUGUUUUUUUAUUAUUAUCUUAUUCAUUGUUACGAUGCUUUCAAUGAUGAUUGUAGCUUGCAGCUUUUGCUGCAGCUGCUUCUACGAUGGAAAGCCAAAAGAGAAGGCCAAAAGGAUUGAGGUUCAGCCUGCAGAUGAUUUAUAAAAGUGAAUUUAAAAAAGAAUACAGAAGUUGAAGAAAGAAUUGGAACAACUCCAACACGGCAUACCAAUCCAUGGAACAUAAUGGUAAAUGAGGAGAUAAAAUAAGAGACACACAUAGAGGGAAAGAGAGGGGAGAGGGAGAGAGAGAGAAGGAAAAAGAGACUGAACCUGAACAUAGGACUCUGUUUUAUGACAUGGCUUUUGACAUGUUGACAUGUUGAAAAUGCACUGUUUGCAGUAGUUUUCUCUCCUCAACCUAUCAAGACAAUACCUAUCUGGUCAAACAUGCACCAGAUUUCAUUUCCACAUUACAGUUCAGGAAGCCACAGGGAGAUCAAGAUAUAUGCAAGCAUUCAGGAGAAUGAAAUCUGACAUAAGCAUGGUUUCCCCUCUGCUCAACCAUUUAAAGCUAAGUUAACCAGAGACAUAAUAGCUAAGCAAGUCAUGCAUUAAGAAAAUGAUGUAAGCUUGAAGAUGACAAAUGAGUUCAGAGACAGCAAAGAAAAGCAACAACAAAUUAUGUAGUCUUCCUUCCCUCCUUAAUAAAAGAAUUAACAACUGUCAAAGACAGUACAUAUGCUAUAGCUGCUGUAUACCUAAGGAAAGCCGAAGGGAUAUGAUAAUGCUCACAAUGCUGUAUUGUUUCUUGUCUUUAAAAAUUACUGCCUUUUUAUGUUUUGGUGUCUUCUGUGUAAACUUUGUAUAUGACAAAUCCUUAACUUCAAAGAAAAGGGAACAAAAGAAUUGGUUGGCUUUAUGUUGGGCUUAAGAAUUAUAUAUGUCCUCUAUGAAUACUCUUAUGAAUAAUUUAUAGUUGUGGUGGGUUCAUGUUAUAUUUAAGGUAAUUAAAAUAUACCAAAGGGGGAAAAGGCAACUCUUGGAUUAUACUCAAGGAGGAGGCAUGGAAACAGGAACUCUUCCAAUCAUUCACUGAGGUUUACAGUUUAAUCCUUUGCUCCCUUUAUUGGGAGUCUGUGUUUUAAGGUGAAUUUAUACACAGAGGGAUCAAACAGAGUACAAAAGCAAAAGCAGGUUUCAUUCAGGAAAUGAGUGCAACAACUGGACAACAGCAUUAUGCUAAAUGGUACAGCAAAAACAUAACCAAGAAUGAGCUACCCAGCUACUGCUUACAACAGAGUAUAAAUCCCUUUCCAAAGAGACACUUUCUGCUUCAAUCAAUUUCAAAGAGGGUUAAAUGUGCACAAAAGAGAAAUAACGGCACUUGAGCUGUGUAAAUCAAAAUAGAAAAUUUGGUGGUAGAUAACAGUAUAUCUCCUGUUCUUUAGAGGUAUUGGACUAUAUUUGUCAUCACCCACAAUUAGACUGCUAAGACUCCUAUUGUGGUAAUAGAUGACUAUCUCAUUUACCCCAAAGCGAUUUAACUCUGAAUUUAACGUAAAAUAGGGUUACCUAUUAUCACAAUACGCAAUCUCAUAGCUAUCUAGUAAUAUCCCAUGAAUCCACAUUUCUGAAUAAUAUAGAUUAAUAAAUCAUUAUUCUGGUUCAACACUUUAAAUAUGCUGAAUAUAUAUGCCAUAUUUCAAUUAAAACUAUAUACUUUUUUGACUAAAGCUUAGAGCAAUGUACCAGUUAUAUAUUAUGCCUGCAAAUAUUUAAUUCUUCCAAAUUUCUGCAGUCCCAGGCAAGUUGCAAAACCAGAUUUAUCAAAUAUCCAACCAAGUUGUCAUGCAGUGUUGCUGCAUUAAGGUACAACUGAAACCUUAUGGCCCAGACAUUUAAAACUAUAAUUGGGAAGAACCUCAGUCAACAUAAGUAAAGAUGAGAGAUGCAGGGUGCUACAUCUGCCAGCAAGUUCUAUUUCUAUAUGCUACAAAGAGUGUUGAAAAGCCUCCAGUAUAUUUAUUCUGGGUGUGUACUGUUUCAGAAGUCACUCCCUUGUGCAAAUGACAGGAAUAAGAAAACAGUUUCAACAACCACAGACACAGAGAUUAACUUGAUUUCAAACUUGGCUGCUUUUUUAUAAUUGCACAGCUGCCAGGCUGUGGAGAGAACAAGUCAGCCACGCAAACUGAUUCCACAGCCAAACCAUUGCCCAGCAUUUCCAACAAUACAAUGAUAGUGCGCCACAUGGAAAAAAUAUGUACAAUAUCCUGAAUCUCCAUUAAUACUAUAAUAAAAUUAAAGCAAGUAUUACACUGGGAAAAAAUGCUGGAUUAAAAGAAAGUGAAACCAAUUGUAGACCGAAAUAACUGUUUUUAAGGAUUAGGGAGGAAAUCUUCCAGGAGAAAGUGUUCAACUCUUUUAAUAGACACAUCUGCUUUUCUCACAAAUCUGUUAAAGAGAUUUUUUUUGGGGGGGGAGCAAAAGUAUGUGUUGUAUUGAGAAAGGCCUUGCAAGGGAAAAAAAUAAGCACCUUUUUUGAAAUACUAGUUCCACCAAUGUUCAAUGAAGGCAUGUGAAACAAUGCAUACUUUGUUUCUGAAAGAAAAGUCUAGAGUGUACUUAUCAUCAUUCACAUCUUAAUUUUGGGUGGAUUACUGUGGCUUUAAACGUCUAUAAAAUAUAUAUUGCUUGAACAUAAAAUUAUAAAACACAUUCAGCACCAAAGCUAAAUUACUGCCAUAUUCUUUAUAGAAUAUAAACAAUAAUUACCUGCUCAAGAAGGAACCUUUGUUUGAGCAUUUAUAAUGAACAAUAAAACAAUCAACUUCUUUCUACUGUAGAAAUAAAUAAUAUAUGAA